AUGCAGUCGCUAGGGUGCGACGUUGCGGCGCUGAACACUGUUCAGUUCAGUAAUCACACCGGAUACAAGCAGUGGAAGGGCACAAGAGUAUCGGCGCAGGAGAUCACAGACCUCUUCGAGGGGCUCAAGAUGUCAUACCUCGACAACUUCGACAUGAUGCUGUCGGGCUACAUACCCGGCGCUCCAGCGGUGUACGCCGUCGGCAAGAUCGCGGAGGAGCUCAAGACGAAGGCGAAAUCGCAGCCGGGGAGCUUCUUCUGGGUGCUGGACCCCGUCAUGGGCGACAAUGGCAACUUGUAUGUUGCGCAAGACGUGGUGCCGGCGUAUAAGAGCCUGAUCCAGCAUGCGGACUUGAUAUUACCCAACCAAUUCGAGGCAGAACUGCUGUCAGACGUCAAGAUCACAGAUAUGGACUCCCUAGCGCAAGCUGUGCAGGUCCUCCACGAGCGCUACCAAAUACCACACAUCGUCAUCACGUCUGUUUCCCUAGAACAUCCCGACCACCCGCAGUCCUCUUUAUCUGUCGUCGGAUCGACAAUGACCUCGGACCGCAAGGCGCGCUCCUUCAAGAUCGUAUUCCCAGCUAUAGACGCCUACUUCAGCGGCACGGGAGACAUGUUCGCGGCGCUGAUGGUGGUGCGCAUGCGCGAGGCGGUGCACAAUAGCAGCGAAGCCGGGCUUGAGCAGCAGGAGUCGUGGAUCAGCGAAGAUGGCGUGGCUGCGGUGGACCUGCCGCUUGCGAGAGCGACGGAGAAGGUGCUCGCGAGCAUGCACGAGGUGCUGACGAAGACGUGCGACAGCAUGCGGGCCGAGGUGAAGAAGGGAGAGGCGUCGAUGGUGCAUGGGACGGAAGAGGAGGACGCAAAGGCGUUGCGUCUGAUCAAGUCGAAGGCGGCGGAGUUGAGGCUCGUUAGACACCUGGGCUCUUUGAGGGAGCCGGUGGUGGAGUUUCGUGCGCAAAAGAUGUGA